UGCCCAGCAAUCUGGCAUCUUUAUCCGGUUAAUUUUUUCCACUAGCUAAGCUGGCAGCAGAAUGAGGGUGGUCUGGAGUAUUUUUGUGGUUUUAUUAAUUAAAAUCCUCAAUUCGGUUGAUUUUGUCCAAUCGAAUGAAGUAAUAGGCUGUGGUGGCUUCAUCAAAAGCCAAAAGGACAUUGACUUUUCCAAGGUGGAAAUCAAAUUAUUAACAAAGACCGGAGCUUUGAAGGACAAAACCGACUGCUCACCCUCAAAUGGCUACUAUUUUCUGCCCAUUUAUGACAAGGGAGAAUAUCUUUUGAAAAUCUCUCCUCCACCUGGUUGGAGUUUUGAGCCAGAGGAAGUUAAACUGAAUUUCGAUGGCCAGACUGACGUCUGCAGUUUGGGCAAAGAUGUCAAUUUCGUUUUCAAGGGUUUUGGCAUAACUGGCAAAGUGGCCUUGGGUUUGGCGGGCGCCCAAGGUGUUAAGGUUGAAUUAAAAUCCGAGGAUGGAAAAGAUACACGUCACACCGUUACCGAUGCCAAGGGUAUUUUCUCGUUUACCCCAAUUAUUCCAGGCAAAUAUGUGGUAAAGGCUUCUCAUCCGAAAUGGUACUUUGAGAAGAGUGAACACACGGUUAUUGUUGAAGGUGGUAACACUGUGCUGGCUGAAAAUUCCUUAGUUGUUUCGGGCUUUGAUGUCACCGGUCGCUUUGACACCUUUGGACAGUUGGGAGCUGGCGUUGGUAUUGCCCUAUUCAAAAGUAAACAGGCAACUGCCGAUCCAAGAUGUGGCAAAGAAGACCUGCCCUCAGCUGCAAUAACUCACACAAACUCUGAGUAUGACAGUUCAGUUUCCUGCUAUGCUCAGGUCGAUACAGCUGGCAAUUACAUCUUCAAAGAUGUCCGCCCUGGAAAGUACAUUCUUUUGCCCGUUGUUAAUCGGAACCUGAAGUUAAAUAUUAAACCUCAGUUCAUUGAAAUAGAAGUAGCCAAGGACACAUUGGAGUUGAAACAGGAAUUCAAGAUCAGUGGCUUCAGUGUAUCAGGCGUUGUUUUGAACUCCGUUCAGGGUACUCCCGUAAAUGGUGCCACAGUUAAACUGAACGGCCAAAGGGUAACAACAACAAAAUCAGAUGGCCAAUUCACUUUGGAAAAUGUAGCUUCUUCUGGCUUGUAUUCCAUACAAGUUGAAGCGGAAAAACUACGAUUCGAUGAACAACGCAUACAAUUGCAAUUGACAUCAGCUACCUUACCUCCAAUAGUUCCAUCGGCAUAUGAAGUAUGUGGCAAGGUUGUCUCUAAGAAAUCUUUCCGAGUUGCUAUAACAAAGCAAGGUUCCACAACUGUACAUACAACAGUGGAUACUAAUGCCGACACUGGUGUAUGGUGCACAUACUUGUCCAAUGGAAAAUUCACAAUUGAAGUUCAAACAUCGGAGACCGAUCGCUCGAAUGGUGUACAAUUCUUCCCCGUUCAACAAACCAUUGAAGUUAAGGGCGAACCCAUUAAGGAUAUCACUUUUUCCCAACUUAGAGCUACUUUGCAAGGAGCACUGAAAUGUUUGCCUGAUGCUCCAGCAGAAGGUUGCCUAUCAACUGAAGUUACCCUGCAUUCCUUAGAUGCCAAUGGACAACAUACCGGGCAGAAACAGACGACUAAAGCCCAAGGUGGCAAAUAUUCGUUCACAAAUGUCCUGCCUGGACCGUACGAAAUAACUGUACCCCAAUCGAAUUUGUGCUUCGAUUCUACCCGUGUGUUAAUUAAUGUGGCUUCUGCCCAAGAAACUGCUCCCGAAUUUGUACAACAUGGCUAUGAAGUGAAUAUAAUUUCCAGUCACCGUGCAAUUAUGAAAUACUCCCAUGAAACAGCCACAACUACGGAUAAUCUAAAAUUACUUUCUGGUGUCAAUACGUUCUGCGUCCCUAAAUAUGGUUCAUAUUCGAUUAAAUUGGAAGGCUGUCAUUUGUACGAUGAGGAAACAUUGCCUACGACCUUUAAUACCGCAAACACCAAUCCCACCAUCAUCAAUGCAUUGGCUCAUAAAGUUGGCGUAAGAGUACUUUCACCGGAAUCCUCUGCUGAUAAUUUGAAAUUGUCUGUGGAAUCGGCAUCUCUAGGCAAACUUGUGGUAACGCCGUUUGCGGAGGCGCACAAAGUUGAUGGCAAAUAUGCCUUCCGUUAUGAUACCCAUCUGAAGCCUGAAGAAGUUUUACGCAUAGCGCCUCAAAGUGAUAUUUUGUUGUUCGAGCCUGGGACUAAGGAUAUAGUUGGUACGAACGACUGUGUGGAUGUUGCGUUCAAUUUUAUCGCUUCUAAAGGCCUAAUACUCAAUGGCAAAGUAAUACCCGGCAUUAAAGACGCCAAAAUAACAUUAAGUUUCCCCAACAAUCCCGAAUUGGAGCCACAAACCACACUGACGUCAGUGAAUGGCGAUUUCAAAUUCGGACCCAUCAGUGAUAGCAUUAAAUACGAACUGAAGGGCGAGAAGGAAUCCUAUGUAUUCUCGGACUAUAAUCCGGCAACUAACUCCUUCAGCGUUCACAAACUUUGUGAAAUUAUUGUGAAAGUGAAGGAUGGAUCAGGUAAGGGACUGAGCGGAGUUUUGAUUUCACUCAGUGGCUCUGAGAGUUAUCGCAAAAAUUUGAUAACUGCUGAUGAUGGCUCUAUAAACUUCCAUUCCUUGUCCCCAUCCCAAUACUUUUUGCGGCCAAUGUUGAAGGAGUUCAAAUUUGAACCAAAUUCUAAGAUGAUCGAUCUGAAGGAUGGUGAAACUGUGGAAGUGGAAAUGAUUGGCAAACGAGUGGCUUAUUCCCUGUUCGGAGCUGUAACAUCUCUCAAUGGCGAACCCUUCGCUGAAGUUAACAUUGAAGCCACAGCCGAUGAGGCAUGUUCACACCAUCAAGAAGAAGCUACAACGGAAAAGAAUGGCAAAUACCGCGUACGCGGCCUGAACCCCGACUGUGAAUACACUAUUCGUCUAAAAGAUGCUGGCACCCCCGGUAACAAUGUAGAUCGCUCCAUUCCCCUAACACGCACUGUUAAGAUUGGCUCCGAAGAUGUUGAAAAUGUUAAUUUCUUGGCCAUGUCCCCAAUCACCUUCGUCGAUGUCACCGCUCGCGUAACAGCCUCGUCCAAUGAUUUCUAUAAAACACUACGUGUGGUGAUGUACCGCAAGGGAGCAUAUGACUCGCCUGUCUACUCUCAACGCUUGGAUACUCCAUUGAAUCCCAAGUCGCGCUAUAAUCCAGGUAUAAUGGUGUUCUUCCCACGCAUACCACUUGACGGCAAGACGUACAUUGUUGAAUUGCGUUCCACGCUGUCCGAUAAAACCUACACUUAUUCAACACGCAGCGAACAGUUCGUCGCAGAUACGCCAUCGGUGUACAUUGAAUUAGAUUUCAAGCCCGAAGUCAAAUCAUUUGAAUCGGACCUCAACCAGAAUUCCAUUUCAGCUUUAGUGCUGGUGGCCUUGGUUGCUAUCGCCUUCUUCAAACAAGACAUAGCCAUGGCCUUCUUAAAUUUCGUGUGGUCCAAAAUCAAUGGCAUUGCCCAAGAUUUGGCUCAAAAACAAAAAUCUAAUGCCAAAAACAAUCAGCGAAAAGUAGAACCCAUUAACCAGAAGGAAAUCGAACAAAUGGCCGAACAAAUUAACAACAUUAAAAAGAAAAAGACAAAGAAAAUUUAAGAAGCAAACGGAUGUGCCCUUGAUAUUCGAGGGACAUGUAACAAAAUUUAAGAAAACUAGACGAUUUUAGCUUUAUUUAUAAAAUUCGAGUCAUUGGGUUUGUACGUUAAUAUUUUAUUUAAAACAAAGCAAUGGUAAUGCAAAUUUAGAGAUACGAAAUGGGUGAGAAGAUGUAUUAAUAAAAAAAUACCAAUUAAAUAAAUAUAAAAUCUUAACCUAA